AUGAGGUUUUAUAUUGUCGCCUCGCUGGGAAUGCUGUUGGUCGCUUCGGCCCUGGUUGCCGCCGACCAGUACCAUCAUGCGCCAGAGUACGAACAUGCACCGGCCAAGCAUAUCCCGAUCGUGCACAGUGAAUCGUACAGCAGCCAUGACGGUAGCUACAAGUUCGCUUACGAAUCUGGCAACGGAAUCACGGCCCAGGAGGAAGGCUUCGUCAAGAACGCCGGCAGCAAGGACCAUGAGGUGCAGGUUGCUCACGGUUCGUACUCGUACACUGAUCCUCAUGGUGUCCCGGUGUCUCUGAGCUACGUCGCCGAUGAGAAUGGAUUCCAGGUGCAGGGAUCGCACGUCCCGACGCCACCACCGGUCCCGAAGGAGCUGGUCGAUGCUUAUGCCAAGGCCGCCAGCCAGCCCCAGAGCCACGAUGAGCCCGAGUAUGCUCAGCCCGCCCAGAGUCACGGCUACAAUGCGUACUAA